AUUUUAUUAAAUAUUAUAAAAUGAUGGAUAUUGAGAUUUCAAAGGAGGAUAUUUUAAAACCUGAUAAUGUUGAAUUACGCACACCAAUAAAAUCAAAAUAGCAAUAAUUAGUGAAUCAAACCAAGAAAAAUUAAACUUCUCCAUAUUAAAUGCAUCAAAUUUAGGAAUUUAUUUUAAUGUGGAUGGAAUAGAUUAAAAAAUAUAAUGAUGAUCCUGAUGUGAUUCUGAUGAUGCAUUAAAUGAAUGAAGUACUACAGACUAGUGACUAAGCAUCAAGUUAAAAAUAAUUUAAUUAUACUCCAAAAUAAUAAAAUAAUGAUGAGAGUAGUUUUAAUUCCAAUUUCAAAUAAGACAUGCUUUAAAAAAUGAAUGAUCGUGUAAUGUGGGUAUCAGAGGAAAUAUAAAAUUAAGUGUGCUAAUCUCCAAAAACAGUUGAACAUGGUAAAUAUUUUAAUGAAACUUGUAGUGAAAUAACCUAACAAGUAAAUAAGAAAGAGCUUGAAUUUUAAAAUAAAAAUGAUGAUGAGUUUUGUAAAGAGUUUGAUUAAUGUAAAUCCAAAUUUUCAGGAUCUCCUUUAAAUUUAUAAUCGCACAAAAAAUCUGGUAAAUUUGAUGACGCGAAUAUAAAUCAAGUACUUUCAUUUAGGAAAAAACAGCAAAAGCAAAUAAAGGAAUUUAAAAAUAGUCUGACAGAAAUGAAGAAAGUUGUUGGAUAUGAGUUACAAAAAGAAAUCACUAUAUUCAAAGAAGACUUCUUAAGUGAGCAUAGCAAAUUUAGUAAAAGUUAUUCAGAGUUAUAAGACUAAGUUAACACUUACUAAGAAAUGUUUUCCUAAUCUACAUUAAAGAUUCAAAAAUUAGAACAAAUAAUCUAAGACUUAAAACAAUAACUUGAGGCUUAAUAAUCAGAUUCGAAUUCAGAAUAGUUUAUUUUUUAAUUGGCAGGUUUCAUUCAAAGCGAUAAAAUCGAAAAUAAUAACAUUGAAGAUGCAAAAACUAAAAUUAUGGAGUAUAUUAUGACUUAAUCACAAUAAGUUCAAGGUUUGACUAAGUAAUUAUAAAUGACUUAGCAGAAUAAUCAAAUCAUGAUAUAGCGUCUUGAAAAUGAUAAUCAAUUAAAUAAGAAUAGGUUAGGAACAGAAAAGUAGAUGUUAGAAUUUUAGAUCAUGACACUCAAUAAUACGAUCUAACAAUAAGAUAGGAAUUACUAACAAUUAAAUUAAGAAUUGGAGUAGUUAAGAUUAUGUGAUUAGAUGGCUACAAAUCAAGAAUUAGUUAAAAAAGGUUAUAUUCAAAUGAAAUAAUAACAGCAACUCAUUUAUAUUGCUGCAACAAUAUUAUAAUAAUUUAUUAAUUCUACAGUAUUUUAAUUGAAUGUUGCAGAAACUUUAUAAGAAUAAAUUAAGCAGUUAAAAUUAAAUGAAGAAGAAGUCUUGAAAUAAAUUACAACUUAAAAAGAAUUUUAAGAGACUACAAUGGAUUAUUUUAAUAAUAAUUAAGAAACCAUUUAGCAUGUAAUUUAAAUUCUGUGUACAGAAUACACAAAAGUGAUAAAUAAUAUUAUUAAUUAAAGAAUAGAGUUGUAAAAACAAUUAUGUUGA